AUGAGUUACAAUAGCAAAACUAUUGAUUUGAUUCUCAAGGCUUAAGAACCAAAUUAAAAGUAAUUCACAUCCUUUCAAUAAUUCUUUAAAACUAAUCAUCCACCACCUUUAUUAUUUGAAAAAAACAUUACUCCCAAGAAUGUUAAAGCAUAGCGUUCAUUCUCUAAUAAAACAUAAGAUUCAAUUAAAGAAACAAAAAGAAAAAGCUUAAGCUAACUCAAAUACCCAGAAUAUAGAAUGUUAAAAAUAUAUGCAAGAAUUAAACCAGGGGAAUGCUAACUUAAUUAUGACAAGUAAUCAAUUCUUAUUGAAACUAAUUCUUAUAAUUUUGAUAGAGUAUUUGAAUAAUCAGCUAAAUAGGUAUAUAUACUUAUAACUAUUAUUAUAGGAUGAAAUCUAUGAAAUUAUGGCAAAAUAGACAGUUGAUGAUUUUCUUAAUAAUAUAAAUGGAUGCUUAAUGGCAUAUGGAUAAACAGGAAGUGGAAAAACAUUCACAAUGUUUGGAGAAUAAAGCAAUCCUGGAAUAGUUUUAAGAACAUUCACACAUUUAUUUUUAAGAAAUUAAGAAACAUUAUAUGUUUCAAUACUAGAAAUAUAUAAAGAUCAUGUUUAUGAUUUAAUAUCUGGAGUUUAAGAUUUAAAAUUAAAGGAAGAUUUAUAAUUAGGAUUUUAUGUUGAUGGUUUAAAAAAGAUUGUAUAAAUUUUAAAUAAUUUAAUAUAGAAAGUAGAUAAAUUGUAAAACUGUUAAGAAUUACUUUAAAUAGCUGAAGAUAAUAGACAUGUAGCUGAGACUAAAUUAAAUGCUUUGAGUAGUAGAAGUCAUUUAAUAUUAACUAUAUAAAUGGGAAAAGCGAAGCUACAUUUAGUUGAUUUGGCAGGAAGUGAAAAAGUUAAUAAAACUGGAGCAAUAGGUGAAACUCUUUAAGAAGCUAAGAAAAUUAAUUAUUCAUUAUCAUGUUUAGGACAUGUUAUUCAAUGUUUAUCAUAGGGAUAAGAUCAUAUUCCAUAUAGAGAUUCUAAACUUACUAAAUUACUAAUGGAUAGUCUACAAGCCGAUUGUAGAACAUCAAUUGUAAUGUAAUAUUUCAGAUUUUUAGAUUGUUGCAAUUUCACCUGAAAAUAAAAAUUAGGAUGAAACAGUCUCUUCAUUGAAAUUUGCUUAGAGAGCUAGAUUUAUUAAAAAGGAAAUAAGAAUUGCUACUUAGAAAAAGACAUAUAGAGAUUUAGAAUUAGAAAUUACAUAAUUAAAAUAGGAACUAUUGGAAACUAAAUAAAGAAUGAGUUAAACAAGUUCAGUUUCAUAGUUUCAAUGUAGAUACAUUACUGAUUCUGAAAUUCCAUGCACUGAAAGUUUAAGAUUAACAUAUAGAAGUAUGAAUAAUGAAAAUAAAGAAAAUUGUCUACCUAAUCUCAAAAUACAAGAAAAUAAUGCUUAAUCAAAUUUAGAAAAUAAAAUUAAUUAAAUUUUUAUUGAAUUGUAGGGUUUAAACAAAGAAUAGAAUUUAGAUAAUUUAAAAAAAUAGUUAAGUAAAAUUAAUGAUUUAACUAUUGAAUUAAAGAAAAACUAUAAAGUUUUAGUGAAUACUUAAGGCUUAAAUAAUAAUCAAUUAUAAAUUUAAAGUUAAUUCAUUGAAACUUAAUAAGAACAAAAUAAGCAAUUAUAAAAAAUUGCUGAAUAGAUUUCAAACAUGGACUCAAAUAAACCAAGUUUUAGUAUCGCUAUUAAUAAUAUGAUUAAAAAUUUAUAACAAUAACAAAAAUAAAACAUUGAGGAUAUGUAAUUGAAAUUAGAAAAAAUGUAUUGUGAUAUAAAAAAAACAACAACUGUGGCAGAGUAUAAUUAGAAUAAUUUAGCAUUAAAAUUAGUUGCAUCUCCAAAUAGAUAAUAAUAAUAUUAACCCUAAUAAUAAUAAUAAUAGAUAAAAAGAUCUUAAUCAAAAACAAAUAUGAAUCCUUCUGUAAAAUAUUUAAAAAAUAAAAAAUGA